CCGAGAAAGACCCAGACAAGGUCUCAGGCACGAAUCAGAGUGCAGGGGCCCGAGCAUGCGAGUCCGAAUUGACUCAAGUCGCCCAUUACAUGUCAGUCGCCGAGUUCCAGGUUGACCCAUGCCCGCUAGAAAUGCUACAGCGCUCUCCCAUCGUUCAAGGAGACACUGGAGUCGUCAGACAGCCCACCCCACACCUAGCAUCUGAUGACAUCAAAUACAUUCCGAGGUCCAACUUGAGCAAGCAAGACGUCGAGCCUAAAGAGCUUAGGCCUCACGGCCUUGAUCCAAGCGUGAUUACAGACUAUGUUGAAUACAUGGUGGCUUUGAAGGUCGGGGACGCGAAGGAUCCUCAUCCAGGAAGACCGAACAUGUAUAUUGUGAUUCCGCGGGUACGAGGGCAUGAGGUCAAAGAGCUGAGGCCUCCUGGCCUUAGCGACGAGCUCAUUAGCGAAGUUCCAGAUGAGGGAGCUGUUGAGGCCACGCGAGUUCCGGCCUUGGAUCGUGAGAUUACCGUGAACGACAAGCGUCCAACUCGAACCUGGGAGUCCGGGGUCGAGUCGGGAGUCGUUUGCAUGUCGAGUACGGAGUUUUGUGCCGAAGUGAGUGAAAUCAGUGACGGCCCACACGAGUCAGCGGUGGGAGUGAAAACAAGACAUACUGUCGUUCCUAAUCCUCCUAUACGACCGUUGGUUCUCCAAGAAGUGACAGAUGCCUCAGAAAGCAGAGAUCGAGAUGAAGUCCAGGAUAGUCAGAACAGAUCGGAUCGAGACAUCAGCAGCCAAGUUGGCGCCCUGGAACAGGUUUUGUGGCCUGGAAUGGUUGACAAAGAUCGCAGGCGUGUUUUAGACAAGAUGCCAUCAUCGAGCCGAGAGGUCACAGAUAAAGAGUCCAGGCCUCCCUAUCGCUCGAGCGCAUGUAUGAGCCACUCCAAGCCUCGGCUGGGCUUAGAACCGAAGUGUCGGUGCCACACGUCCGAAGUGCUGAGACUUACUUCAGCAGCGCUGCUGGAUGAGCUUCAUAUCGCGGCUAUUGAUGUAGGUAAACAUGCGUCCAGAGUGUGGAGGAAGAAGCCUCCCUGAUGAUGUUAGUCCCCAGGAUUUGUGGAUUGAGCACGAUGCCGCUGGUUUCAUUUAGGAUAUCGUGAGGGACCAC